CGCUGGUGCGCUGUGUCCCUCGGACACAGCGGAUCACGGAAACAGCUGAAGAUGUCGGCUCGGUCAUGUGAUCAGCUGUGUCCAAUCACAGCUGAUCACAUGGCACUGAUGAUCAGUGUGCCCUGAUGAUCAGUGUGGCCCCAGAAGUGCCAUCUGUCAGUGUCCAUCAGUGCCAGCAGUCAGUGCUCAUCAGUGCCACGUGCCAGUGCCCAUCAGUGCCACAUCAAUGCCACAUAUCAGUGCAUAUCAGUGCACAUCAAUGCCACAUAUUAGUGCCCAUCUGAGCUGCCUUUCAAUGUCACCCAUCAGUGCCAGUCAGUGCCACCUAUCAAUGCCAAUCAGUGCCACCUAUCAGUGC